GAAGUUGACUGUUGUGUUCCCCCUCACAACUGAGAACCAGCGAAGUUCUUGAGAGUCCGUGGAGGAUGCUGCUAACUCCAGAGAGCUCCCUAGGCCACCUUGUCCACCUCUGUCUGCCUUCUUAGUAGAGGUCUUGCAGCUGGAGAAGGCGGCGUUUGUGUGUUCGACAGAUCCUGAUUGGAAGGGGUUAUGAAAGGAUCUGGCUGGUCCUCUAUUGGCCUGCCCCGGGAUCACCUCUGCCUUUAAAGUCGCCAGGUCGCAAAGCCCGAGUUCUGUCUGCCUCCUUGCCUGGAUAGGGCUCAUAGUCUCUGGAUCUAAACUCUUGCCUUCUCAGGCACGAUCCAUGGCUGCGUGGAGCCGCACGAGGCUGAGAUGGACGCUCCUGGACCCGCGUGUGGUGGGCCGUGGCCUCUGCCCACAAGGGGCCAGAGCCAAGGCCACGAUCCCUGCAGCCCUCCAGGCACAGGAGAGUACGGAGGGUUCAGGAACAGGUCAAGACCGGCCGCGCCUGCGGAGUCCGGCAGAGCUUCCAGGGACCGGAACGCUACACUUUUUAUUCCAGCUAUUUCUACAAGGCUAUGUGCUGCACUUGCCCGACCUUCAGGCGCUGAACAAGACCAAGUAUGGUCCAAUAUGGACAACCUCCUUUGGGAAGCACACCAAUGUGAAUCUGGCUAGUGCCUCACUCUUGGAGCAAGUGAUGAGACAGGAGGGCAAGUACCCCAUAAGGGACCACAUGGAACUGUGGAAGGAGCACCGAGACAACAAGGGCCUCACCUAUGGGAUCUUCAUCACACAAGGAGAGCAGUGGUACAAUCUGCGUCAGGCUUUGAAACAGAGGCUGCUGAAGCCUGCCGAGGCGGCACUCUACACAGAUGCCUUAAACGAGGUUAUCAGUGACUUUAUCACCCGGCUGGACCAGGUUCGGGCAGAGAGUGCAUCAGGGGACCAGGUGCCAGACAUGGCUCAACUUCUUUACCACCUUGCCUUGGAAGCCAUCACCUAUAUCCUGUUUGAGAAAAGGAUUGGCUGCCUGAAGCCCUCCAUUCCUGAGGACACUGCCGCCUUCAUCAGAUCUGUUGGGAUCAUGUUCCAGAACUCAGUCUAUAUCACUUUCCUUCCCAAAUGGACGCGUCCUCUGCUGCCCUUUUGGAAGAGAUACCUGAAUGGCUGGGAUAACAUUUUCUCCUUUGGGGAGAAGCUGAUCAAUGAAAAAGUCCAGGAGCUAAAAGCCCAGCUACAGGAAACUGGGCCAGAUGGAAUCCGGGUAUCUGGCUACCUGCACUUCCUGCUGACCAAUGAAUUGCUCAGUCCUCAGGAGACCAUCGGCACCUUUCCUGAGCUGCUCUUGGCUGGGGUGGACACGACAUCCAACACACUGACAUGGGCCCUGUAUCACCUUUCAAAGAGCCCAGAGAUCCAGGAGGCCUUGCACAAGGAAGUGACUGAUGUGGUGCCCUUCGGGAAGGUGCCCCAGCACAAGGACUUUGCCCACAUGCCUCUGCUAAAAGCUGUGAUUAAGGAGACCCUGCGCCUCUACCCUGUGGUUCCCACAAACUCCCGGAUCAUCACAGAAAAGGAAACUGAAAUUAAUGGCUUCCUCUUCCCCAAGAACACACAGUUUGUGUUAUGCCACUACGUGGUGUCCCGGGAUCCCAGUGUCUUUCCUGAGCCCAACAGCUUCCAGCCUCACCGUUGGCUGAGGAAGAGAGAGGCUGAUAACUCUGGGAUCCUACACCCAUUCGGCUCUGUGCCCUUUGGCUAUGGGGUUCGGUCCUGCCUGGGUCGCAGGAUUGCAGAACUGGAGAUGCAACUGAUGCUGUCGAGGCUGAUACAAAAGUAUGAGAUGGUCCUGGCUCCCGGGUUGGGAGAAGUGAAGUCUCUGUCCCGCAUUGUCCUGACUCCCAGCAAGAAGGUGAGCCUGCGUUUUCUGCAGAGACAGUAGUACCGAGCUGGGCUCCUGCUUCCACGGAGCUUGCUCCAAAAGUCCUGGCACAGAAGUUCUUGGCCAGUCUCAUGUCACAUGUCACGAUGCCAGAUUCAACAGGGGAACUCUGUGCCCUUCCCAUAGACACCAAAUGUCUGGCACAAUCUCUACUGAGCAGCACCCACUUGAGGCAGCAGAGUGCCUCACAUAACAGUCCUUGGGUAUGAUUUAAAAUAAAAUUUAAAAUUCAA